AUGGUGGACCACCUCGAAGGAACAUGGAAGUCCAUUUCUUGUGAAAAUUUUGAAAAAUAUAUGAAGGAACUGGGAAUAGGAAAAGCCAGCAGGAAACUGGGCUGUUUGGCAAAACCCACUGUGACCAUAAGUUCAAAUGGAGAUGUGAUUACCAUCAAAACCAAAAGCCUCUUUAAAAAUAAUGAGAUCUCCUUUAAGCUGGGAGAAGAAUUUGAAGAAACCACUCCAGGUGGCCAUAAAACCAAGAGUAUGGUUACCUUAGAUAAUGACUCUUUGGUUCAAGUUCAAGAUUGGAAUGGCAAGGAAACCACCAUACGGAGAAAGCUGGUAGAUGGGCAAAUGGUAGUGGAAAGUUCGGUGAAAAAUGUUAUCUGCACACGGACCUAUGAGAGAUUAUAA